GGGUAAUUUCUUAAUUAAUUAUUCAAUUUGAACUUCACACGGUGAGGUAAGAAGACUUAGGAGGGAGCGAGUUAGGGUCGUCAAUGUGAUGGGCGGCAGUGGCGGUAGUGGCGGUGGUGGUGGUGGAGGAGUAGCUGUUGGCAAAGAAGAUGUAAUAGCGAAACUCAAGGACGACGGCGACUUUGACAGGCUCCGUUUGAAGAUCAUUCGUAAGCUCAAGGACAAUGAAGAGCUGCGACAACAUAUUGCCUCAAUUGUGAAGCAAUCAGCGGCUCUUAAUGGUGCCGGAGCUGAGAAUAAGAAACCUAGACAACUUUCUGAUGCCAUAUAUCUUGAAGUUGGUGACAAAGUAAUGAGUCAGAUAUCUGAUAGCUUGUGGCAAAUAAUUAGAUCAAAUGAUGGUAUGAAAACUGAAAUUGCGGAGACAGUGCAAUCUGUGUAUGACAAGCUGGUGAAUCCAAAGGGGGAAGAGGAGGUUACGGUUUCAAAUUCCAAGGCAGUGCCAACUCAGAGACAACAAGGUGAAACAGGUUCAGUUACCGAGAAGAUUGAUGAUAUGUUGCACGAGAAUGAGCCUGAAGAGCCACCAGGAUUCACCUUACAUAAUAAUGUGAAUAACAAUAAGCAAGACCAUGAUCAAGGGAAGCCACAAUCUCAUGGGCAAGGAUCUUCUGCAGAGCAGCCCGAAGUUUCCCAUGUAUCACUGGAUCCACCCGGUGAAAGCGAUGAUAAUAACAAUGCGCCUCCUGGUUUUUUGAGUUCUGACGAGCAAAAUCAUCUGUCUGAUUGUAGUGAUGAAGAUCCUGAUGUGCCUCCUGGUUUUGGUUGAUGAAUUGCAAUUUGUUUCAAUUUCUUCCUUUCCAGGCACUACCCUUUUAUGGUUGGAUACCACAGAUGCCAAUUCUUCUGCAAUUGUUUAUGUAGAGCCAACUAAAAAUAUGUGCCAUUCUGAAAAUGUCUCUUUACAUCCGAAUCUUAUUUUGGGUCCCUUAUUCUUUUAAAUUAGCAUGAGGUUAGAUAUUAUCUGCCAUGUUUUGUUGGAAAUCAUCCUGAAAAGUUGUCCAAAAUGGAUGCUAGAUCUUUACAAGGAACAUUUUUGAAAUCUUUACGAGUGUUCUGUUUAUUUGUCAUUAUUAUACCCUGAACGUAGACUGGUUAGGCUAAGUUUUUAGAGCUUUUGUUUUACUAUUUGUUGAGUUGCUUUAUACAAAGAAAUGAUGUAUUCCUUGGAGAGGUUAUAUUGUUA